AUGAAUAAACCACAAAGUAUUAACUUUGAAGCACUUGAUGAUAAUUGCCCUCCAGAACAACUACCAGAAUCAUGGAAAAUUAUAUUAAGAGAGGCUGGUGUUAAAAAGAAAGACCUUCAAAAUCCAGAAACAAGAAAGAAAGUAUAUGCUUAUAUGAGGCAAUCAGUUUAUGUUAAAAAAACCCAAGAAGAAUUAGACAAACAGAAAGUCUCUGCUCAUGACGUUAGAAGAAUGUCUGUUUCUGUAAAACAGAGAUACAAAGUCAUAGAAGGAAAACAAAGAACACAACCUAACUUUGUUUCUGCCAAACCACAAACAGACACCAAACAAAAUUCUUUCUUAAGUGCAAGACAAUCACAUGCUAAAUCACCAAAUACCACUUCUCAACAUUACAACUCUCCUCAACAUCAAAUGCAAUCACCUUCUGUGACUCCAACAAAAACGUCACAAGCUUUGUUUCAGAAAACUUCUACUUCUUCAUCAAUAAAAUUUGGUCAAACACCAACUAAACAACAAAACGAUAAUAAAACUUCAGAAAAAUCAACAAUUACCACCUCAAAAAGUCCUGAACCUCAACAACAAAUAACACCUAAACCCACUAGUUAUGGCUCUAAAACUCCUUCAUCUUUAACAACACAACCCAAAUUACAAACAAAAUCUAAUAGUAUGUUUUCAAAAAAAUCAACUAAACCAACAACUACUUCUAGCAUAACAAACUCAGUUAAACCAACAACAACUCCAACGAACAAAUUUUCUAGCUCAUCAACACCUACUGUUAGUACACCUUCUAGUAAUAAUGAAUCAUCAACUCAAAAAUCACAAAAUUCAUCAUUUACUCCUCGGGCUUUUGGUUCAAAAAUUGAUACAUCUGCAAAAUCAGGAUCAAUUAACAAUCCAACUCACUUUGUUUCUAAUCCUCAACCACAACCUGUUACAAAGAAAUCAUUCACAACACCAUCUUCCUCUACUCUUAAACAAACAACACAACCAAAUAGUUCUUCAGUGAACUCAUUUAAUAAGCCAAGUGUAGUUAAGCAAACUACUACUUCUUCAGUUAAUACUAGUAAACCACUAACACCUAAAUCACCUACAUCAUCUUUGAAUGAAAAUAAAUUAUCAACAAGUUCUCACAUCAACUCUACUAUACCAUCUCCAAUUAAACAAACACAAUCAAAAAUAUCACAACCUCUUCAAAUGAGAAAACAAUCACUAUCAUCUUCUCAACAAUUAAAUGCAGAACAAGUGAAACAACCAUUAUUUAAAACAACAACCAAUACUCAAAAACAACAACCAAGUAUUCCUAAACAAGACUCCUUCUCUCCACAACGAGUUGUUAAAUCACCAGAACCAGCUUUAAAAGACACACCACAAAAUGUUUCUAAAUCCACUGAACCUGCUAAAACAACUACUACUGUUAAAGGAAUACAAAAACAUAGUACUAACCCUGUUAAAGAAGUAGAGUCAUCAACUGUACAAGAGUCUAUUAAAUCACCAAAAGUUCAACAACCCAAUAUUGAAAAACCUAUCACAUCUAAGUACCAAUCUACUGCUAGCCAACCCAAAUUAUUGGUAAAUCUUAAGUCAUCAUCUACAAGCUCAUCUCCAUCAAAUACAAAUACUUGUGAUAAAGAAAAAGUUGAUUUAUCUAAAAUGUCAUUUGUCCAAAGACAACGAUAUUUGAGAGAACAACAAGACUUAGAAGCACAAAAAACUUCUGUAACACGUAGUGUUGCUAAGCCAACUCCCUCAUUCAAAAAAUCUCCAACACAAAGCAAUAUUGUUGAAGAAAAACAAAAAGAAGAUAUGAAACAAGAAACUAAUCAACAAACUGAAGAAGUUGAUUUGUCUAAAAUGUCAUUUGUCCAAAGACAACGCUGGGAAAGAGAACAACAAGAUAAGAGAGCAGAACAAACAACUGCAAAAUCACAUGGGUAUGAAGCAAAGUUUGCUAAACAAACAUCAACUCCUAAAGAUAUUGUUUACCAAGAUACUCAUGAAGAUGUAAAUGGUAAUAGCAAAGAACUACAACAGGGUAAUGAAGAAGAUCAAUGUAUCAAACCUUCCAGUAUGGGACUUAAAUCAAGUGCAGCUCAAAUUGUAGCCCAAAGAAAGAAAUUACCAAAGAGUGGAAAGAACAAUACUUUAACUGGAUCAGCGUCGCUUAAUGCUUACAUCCAAAGACAAGAACAAUACAAACAAGAUGAAAUUGAAAGAGAAAAAAUACGUAUGGAAAUGCAAAGAAAACGUGAAGAAAUUCAAAGAAAACAAGACGAAAUUAGAAAGAUGAGAGAAGAAACUGAAAAACAACACAAGAAAGGAGAAGAAAGAUUAAAACAAGAAGAAGAACGACUUAAGAAAGAAGAAGAAGAAAGAAAGAAAAAGGAAGAAGAACGUUUACGACAAGAAGAAGAAGAGAAUAAAAGAAUUAAAGAAGAAAGACAACGUAAAGAAGAGGAAUUAAGAAAAAAGAAAGCUGAAGAAGAAAGAAAGAGAAAAUUAGAAGAAGAAGCACGUAAACGAAAAGAAGAAGAAGAACAAAGGAAAGAAGAAGAGGAAAAGAGAAAGGUAGAAGAGGAAUUAAAGAAGAAGGAAGAGGAAGAAAGAAAAAGAAAAGAGGCUAUUGAAUUGAAAAAGAGACAACUUGAAGAAGAACGUAAAAAGAAGGAAGAAGAAAGAAAGAAAAGGGAAGAAGAAGAACGUAAAAAAGAAGAAGAGGAAGAGCGGCUCAAACAAAUUGAACAAGAAAAACAAAGAAAACUUAAAGAAGAACAAAAGAGAAAAGAAGAAGAGAUUAAACGUAAAAAGGAAGAAGAAGAGCGUAAGAGAAAAGAAGAAGAAAAACGCAAACGUGAAGAGGCAGAAAGAAAAAGAAAGGAAGAAGAAGAGCGUAAAAGAAAAGAAGAAGAGGCUAAAAGAAAAAUUAAAGAGGAAAGACAAAGAAAAAUUGAAGAAGAAAGAAGAAAAAAAGAAGAAGAAGAACAAAGAAAGCUUGAAGAAGAAAAAAAACUAUUAGAAGAAGAACAAAAAAGAUUAGAAGAAGAAGAAAGAAAGGCAGAAGAAGAAAGAAAACGUCUUGAAGCUGAAAGAAAAAGAAAGGAAGAAGAAGAGCGUAAGAGAAAAGAAGAGGAAGAAAGAAAAAGAAAAGAAGAAGAGCGUAAAAGAAAGGAAGAAGAAGAAAGAAAGAGGAAAGAAGAAGAAGAAAAGAGAAAGAAAGAACUAGAGGAAUUAAAAAAGUUAAAAGAAGAAGAGCAAAGAUUAAGACAAGAAGCGGCGCGUUUGAAAGAAGAAGAAGAACGAUUAAAACUCGAAGCUGAAAGACUUGAAAAAGAAAAAGAAGAAACUGAAAGAUUUAAGGCAUCUUUAUUGGACUCUAGUACAAAAACGUCCUCUUCACCAUCAAUUGUUGUACCACCACCUCCUCCAACAUUGAGUAUGCCACCACCUCCUCCAACGUUAAACAUAACAAGUUCACCAACAAAUACAAUGAAACCAGGUUCAGGUGCAGCAUUAUCAUUAGCAGAAAUGAUUGCAGCUAAACAAGGUAAAUUAAAAGCAACGGAAAUUGAAGAACGGGUAGUUCAAGAAGAUGAGGUUGUUUUAGCGUUAAGAGGAAUUCUUACCGCAAGAAGACAAGACACUAAUAUUUCUUCUUCUGAAGAAGAAGAUGAUGACGAUGAUUGGAGCGAAUAA